AUGCCAAACCCAACAGAGGAAGAUAUUUCAAAUUGGCUUAUCGAAAACCCACAAAGAUUAAACCUCGCAAACAUCGGUCUCUUCUUCGGCGGAGAUAAUGUCACAGAGAACCAGCUGGUAGAAAAGUCUCAAGAUCUGGAUCUUUGGGCAGGUACAAUCCAGUCUACCUUCCGCUACAAGGGGUCAGAGGUAUCUGUAGAGGUCUGGUGUCAUCCAACACUGCCUACUGUGGGUAUCCAGAUCAAGUCCGAUCUUCUAGAAUCUCGCGAUCUGGGGGUUUUCUUUGACUUCCCUUACUCCGACACUAACAAGUUCGACGCCCCAUAUGUGGGCGUGUGGAACGACACCUCUCAUAAUAUCGUCAAAUUGCGCUCUACUGCCGGUAUGGCUUCCUUCGAGCAUAUUAUCGACAGCAAUAGCAAUGAGAUCAUGGCCAAAUGGAACACGGAGGCUUCCGUUUCCGGCCCUCUACCAGGUUCAAACAAGUUCGUUCUCAGCUCUUCGGGAUCCGAUACUUUGCAGCUCGUGGUUGCCUUCGAUACGGCCAAUUCUCAAUAUAAACUCCCAUCCUAUGACAAUAUUGUCGCGGCGUCCAAAGAGUGGUGGGCUGACUAUUGGGUAUCCGGCGCAUUCAUUGACCUCUCAGCAACCGAAAAUGCCAAUGCAACAGAGCUUCAGCGUCGUAUUAUCCUCUCGCAGUAUCUUGUCGCCGUAAACGAAGCGUCGCAUAACCCUCCACAAGGUUCGUGCCAGGUCCCUCUUGUUUCCGGUCCUUUGGAUGUUAACUUUAUUUUAAAGAGUCAGGUAUUGGGCCCCCAUAGCUGCGCUGCCUAUAUCUUAGCCGUGCCACUUACAGAACUUCAUAUAGGGUUGGUAAAUAACGGAUGGUACGGCAAGUUUCACGUAAGUUUCGUUCACGUCGGCCACAAAGAGCGGCUCGGAUCCGAUCCCUCAUCUGCUAGGGAGUCUUGGACAUUCAACUGA